AUGAUAACUUAUUAUGGCCAUUUUGGAGAUGUUGUAACUUUCGACACUACGUACAAACUUGUACAUGGCAACCAUCCCUUUGCAUUGUUUUUGGGUGUUAAUCAACAUCGGGAGACGGCUGUAUUUGGGGCAGCCCUUAUGUAUGAUGAGAUGGCAGAUUCUUUUGUGUGGUUAUUUGAUACUUUUUUGAAAGCGAUGUCCGGAAAGACACCAAAGACAAUUUUGAUUGAUCAAGAUGCAACAAUGGUGAAGGCUUUGAUGCAGUUGAAGCAUUUAUGUACACAUAAUGAUUGUAUGGGGAAGUACAUGAAGGAUGUGGUCAUGCCUGGUACAAAACAUCAUCUAUGUACGUGGCAUCUAAUGCAAAAUGCACAAAAGCAUGUUGGGUUCUUGUUUAAACGUGAUGAACGCAUAAAAAAUGUGAUAUCUAAAUUAAUGUUCGAAAUUGAGGUGAAGGAACAAUUUAUGUCAGAAUGGGAUUCAAUGCUAAAGGUGUAUGAUCUUGAAUACUUAUUGAGGCAACUCAUUCUUCCUGAUUUCUUCACCCAUUUUGAUAGGUUGUUGUCAGAUAAGCGUUACAAGGAGUAUGAAGCCGAGUACCGUUUGCUGCAGAGGCUUCCUUGCAGUGACAUGGAUAACAAUGGACAACGUGUUUAUAAAGUUACUAGUUGUAAUGGGAUGCAACGUUCUGUAACUAGAACAGUUGAGGAUGAAUUAUCUCAUUUAUAUGGUAAAUUUGAAAUGAAUGGAUUUUUAUGCAGUCAUAUUUUAAAAAUCCUUAAGGCUUGUAUGAACAUCACUGAAUUGCCUUCUCGAUAUAUAUUAAGAAGGUGGACUAGGAAAGCUAGAGAUGGGAACUUGGAUGAGAUUCUUGGCUAUGAAGUGUUGAUGGAUCCUAAACUUGAGGUAACACGACGACACAGGACCCUUUGUCAUAUUUUUACCGAAAUAUCUUCAAUUGCAUCGGAAGACAACGAGGGAUACAAUGAUUUAUUAGUAAAAGCAAUGGAAUGGAAAAAAUCUGCCCAAAGAAGUUGUAGUCGUACUUUGGUUGGCAGUAGAAAGGCUGGUAAAAAGCAGAAUAAUGGGGAGAUAAAAAACAGUGGAAUAAUUCCCAUGGGCAUCAAGACGAAAGAUACAUCUAAAGGACAAAUGAGUAGACGCAAAUCUCCCAUUGAGGAAAAUGCCAAGAAGAAGAGCAGGUGUAUGAAAAGAAUAGUUAAGAAAGUGAAUGAUAGCAAGGUCUCUGGAGUGGGAGGUGGCAGUUGUAGUCAAACAUAUCUAUUAGUCGAUGGCAAUGAAAAUUCAACUGAAUGUGUACAUCAUCAAUGUUACAUGCCACCACCACCUAUAAUGCAUAAUAGGCAGGCUUUCCAACCUUCGUAUAGCCUCGCUAUUCAUUUUCCGCAACCCAUUACUCUAUUAAGUAACCAGAGUUCUAUUGGUGAUUCACAGUUGUUUUCAUCUGAACUAUUUAGUACUCAUUCUUCGUAUGGCGAAUCAUGCAAGGCUAAUUUGGGAACAAGCUCAACCAAUAAAGGAAGAGGGGGAAGAGGAGCAUGGGGUAACCACCCCCUUCCUGCUCAGAUCUCCCAUCCACCAAUUUUCCCUCAUCCUCCUCCAACAAGGUCGCAAUUGGUUAUGCGUUUGGACAACCUUACUGCAGAAGUGGGCAACCUAAUUGCAAAUAUGGGCAACCUGAUUGCAGAAGUGGCCAACCUUACUGCAGAAAUGGGUCAGAUGAAAAAUCACUUGAGGGUUUUACACAGACGUGUGCGCUACCUUCAGAGGGUAGGCAACGACUCUAAUGUCACCGAGGUUGUUCCUGUUGCCGAUUUAAGUUCCUCAUCCAGCUCCUAUUCUUUCUGA